CAUGAACCUCGAGAAAGAAAGGAAGCGGAAGCCGCCGGCAAGAUGGCGGCCGUCGAGGAGGCGGAAGCGGCGACCAGCUGCGGGCGGAUGAUGAGGGAAGCUGAAGGGUGGCUCCUCCGGGGGCUCCUUCUGUGCGCCUUGGCGGCAGGUGCAGGCUGGUGCAACUCUGUUGAGAGGAAAAUCUACAUCCCACUGAACAGGACGGCAACCUGUGUCCGCCUCCUGAACGCUACUCAUCAAGUUGGCUGCCAGUCCUCCUUGAAUGGAGACACCGGAGUCAUCCAUGUAGUGGAGAAGAAAUCUGACCUGGACUGGGUGCUGAAGGACGGGCCACAUUCCCCUUACAUGGUGCUGCUAGGUGGACAUCUUUUCACCGGUGAUGUAAUGCAGCAGCUGAAGGGCAGCUCCCGCAUCUCUGGCCUCGCUGUGGCCAUCUCCAAACCCAGUCCCCACGCAGGAUUCUCUCCUGGUUUACGGUGCCCCAACGAUGGCUUUGGUGUCUACAACAGCAGCUAUGGCCCUGAAUAUGCUCACUGCAAAGUGACAGUGUGGAACCCCCUCGGCAACGGCCUUUCCUACAUGGAUUUUGGUUUCCCCAUCUUCCUCCUUCAAGAUGAGAAUGAAACAGAGGUCAUUAAGAAGUGCUACCAAUCCUACAACCUCCCUGCCAACGGCUCCGACCCAGAGUACCCGCUGUGUGCCAUGCAGCUCUCCUCCCACAUGCACGCCGUGACCAGCACCGUCACCUGCAUGCGGCGCAGCGCCAUCCAGAGCACCUUCAGCCUCAACCCAGAGGUCGUCUGUGACCCUCUCAAAGAUUUCAACGUGUGGAGUACAGUGAAGCCCAUCAACGCAUCUGAGAAGCUGGACCCGGACAGUGUCGUCAUUGCUUCCAGUCGGAUGGACAGUCACUCUUUCUUCUGGAAUGUGGCCCCUGGGGCAGAGAGUGCCGUGGCAUCUUUUGUGACUCUCUUGGCGGCAGCCGAAGCCAUCCACAAGAUCCCCGGAGUUGAGUCCUUGCCGAAAAACAUCAUGUUUGUUUUCUUCCAGGGGGAGACCUUUGAUUACAUCGGCAGCUCACGGAUGGUUUAUGACAUGCAGAAUGGCCACUUCCCAGUCAAGCUGGAAAACAUCCAUUCCUUUCUGGAGCUGAGUCAGGUUGCUCUGAUGAAUAACUUCGAUCUGUGGAUGCACACAGAUCCUGUAUCGCAGAAGAACCCCUCUACAGAGCAAAGUGUUCAGAACAUGGUGGAUACCUUGAAAAACAGCAGCGGAGAUACUGGUGUCACCAUGCAAGAGAUUGGCGCCUCCCAGCCCCUCCCUCCAUCCUCCUUCCAGCGAUUCCUGCGGGCCAGGCAGGUCCCUGGCGUGGUGCUGGCCGACCACAGCUCCACUUUCAAGAACAGCUACUACCAAAGCAUCUAUGACACAUCGGAGAACAUUCAGAUGUACUACCCGGAGGGACUGAGCCCAGAGGAAAUGCUGAAUUAUGUGACGGACACGGCUAAGUCCCUGGCAGAUGUGGCCACUGUGGUUGCCCGCACACUCUACCAACUUGCAGGAGGAAGUGGCAAUGCCUCAGCUGUUCGGGCAGAUCCAGCAACGGUCACACGCAUGCUGUACGGCUUCCUGAUCCAAGCAAACAACCCCUGGUUCCAGGCGAUCAUGAAGUCAGAUCUCAAAGCCUUUCUGGGAGACGGACCCCUCCAGUACUACAUCGCUGUGAAUAACCCUGUGAACUCCACCUACGUCGUCCAGCAUGUCUUGGCCAACCUCACAGGCACCCGGCAGGAGAACGUGACCAAGGAGCAGUGCCAGGAGCUCAACAAGGCCAGCCAGCUGUAUGACUACUCGUGGGUGCAGGGUGCCCCAUACCCAAAUGCCACAUCCCCCCGACAGCCGUACUGUGUCAUGUCAACGGUCCGCUUCAGCCAGGCUUCCUCCCCGGCAUUUGAGCUCGAGCAGUGGGGCUCCACCGAGUACUCCACGUGGACAGAGAGCCGCUGGAAGGAGCUCCACGCCCGGAUCUUCCUCGUGGCCAGCAAGCAGCUUGAGAUCAUCACGCUUAUUGUGGGCAUCGCUAUUCUGAUUGUCUCGUUCGUCGUCACCUACUUCAUCAACGCCAAAGCAGAUGUGCUUUUCACCAACCCGGGAGACUCGGGAGCCGUGGCGUAUUGAACUCCUAGCACUCAAAGCCGGGCGAGACAGAGAACGAACUUUGGGAUUGCUGGUAGAACAACACUGGAGCCUCUUCUUCCCUGAUUGAUGUGGAUUGUGGCACUGAAAGGAAUCUCACUUCUCUCCCCUCCCCACCGCCACCUCCCCCAAAACAAUCUUGUACUGGAAGAAGGUGCUGGCGAUACAGAGAUGAUUUUUCUUCUUCUUCUUCCUGCAGGGGAGAUAUUUGGCCAGAUGUCUUUAAACUUCAGAGAAUAUACCUUUCCUGCGAGGGCACCUGCUACGCACUUCUGCGAGAAUAGGUGGUCAGAUACAGGGGGAAAUCUUCUCCAGGGGUCUGUGCAGACAAGAGGGCAUUCCUCAGUCUCCUUUGUUCUCCCUUUCCCUUUUUUAUUAUUUUAAAUAUCCAGGUUACCUAAAAAAAUAUUCUCAAAUCAUUUGGUCUGUAUGUGUAUCAAGAUGCAAAUAAAAGAGGGAGAUCAGAAGGCUGGAAAGGGGGAACUGGGUGUAAAAUAUUUCUUUUUUUAAAAAAAAAAGAAUUGGAAUUUUUUUGUACAUAUUCUAUAAAUAGCUUGGUUUAAUUAAAAAAAAACUUGCGAAUUAAA